AAUUAAAUUAAAAAGAAAAUUGAAGAUUGGAGUUCGGCAAGUCGGCAAUUCCAACCGGUACAUGUCAUUCUUUUAGGAUGGUACUCUAUAUUUGUGCGCAGAAAGUGAAGAUAGCACUGGGAAAAGGAGAUGGAGAUGGAGCAGCUGCUAAGCAUGGGUUUCCCAAGCGACUUGGCUGCCCAAGCUCUGGCGGCUACCGGGGGGAAAUCCACCCUCAAGGCCACCGAGUGGAUUCUCUCUCAUAAAUCUUGUGACACUAGCAAUAAGCCACCCUCAAAUCCAACCCCUUCUCCACUCCAGCCAAAGCUAGACCGCUUCUUCCAUUUGCAAUCGAAACCCAACUCCUCCUCCGGUUCCCCUUCCAUCCCAAUACCCGCUGAACAACAAGAAGAGGAUGGACCAAUCCUUCUUCCUUCUAAGCGUCCCAGGUUAUUUCAAUCAGUUACUAAUCCGUGCUCUCCUGCUGUCCACAACAACAAGCAUCAUCCUCCCCAUGAGCCCUUAUCAGAGCGCAUGCGCCCUCGCACCAUUGACGACGUUGUCGGCCAAGAUCACCUUCUGGCCCAGAACUGUAUCCUCCGCUCCGCUAUAGAUUGCAAUCGCCUACCUUCCAUUAUUCUUUGGGGCCCACCUGGGUCAGGUAAGACCUCCAUUGCUAAAGCAAUUGCGAAUUCCUUUCCCCAGGAUCAGAACUCUUCCUAUCGGUUUGUUUUUUUCUCGGCGGUCACUUGUGGGGUUAAGGAUGUGAGGGAUGCCGUUGAAAAUGCUAGGAAGGUAAAAGUAAAGAAUGGGAAAAGAACUGUGUUGUUUGUUGAUGAGGUUCAUAGGUUUAACAAGUCCCAACAGGAUUCUUUCUUGCCUGUUAUUGAAGACGGUAGUAUUGUGUUUAUUGGUGCCACCACUGAGAACCCAUCCUUCCAUUUGAUUACGCCACUUCUCUCACGCUGUAGACUUCUUACCCUUUGCCCCCUCAAGCCUCAACAUGUUCAAAAAAUUCUCAACCGAGCAAUUAAUCAUUCCGACAUGGGACUAACUCAAAUCUUAGGGAUGAGAAUUGAAGUGACUGAGGAUGCUAUUCAAUUUUUAUCUGAAAAUUGUGACGGGGAUGCACGCGUUGCGUUGAAUGCCUUAGAAAUUUCUGCUAUCACUGCAUCUACCCGAACAAAUUCCAAUGAUAAUUUCUCUUUGGUGGCGAAUGUUACUUUGGAUGAUGCUAAGGAGGCACUUCAAUUUAAGCAUUUUGCGUAUGACAAAGCAGGGGAAGAGCACUAUAAUCUGAUCAGUGCACUUCACAAGUCUAUGAGAGGAAGUGAUGCAGAUGCAUCCAUUUAUUGGUUGGCGCGAAUGUUAGAAGGAGGUGAACAGCCGCUCUAUGUUGCUAGGCGUUUGAUUAGGUUUGCAAGUGAGGAUGUUGGAUUGGCUGAUCCCUUGGCCCUUAACCAGGCUGUUGCUUGCUACCAAGCUUGCCAUUUCUUGGGCAUGCCUGAGUGCAAUGUAAUUCUUGCUCAGUGCGUGGCUUAUUUGGCUUUGGCUCCAAAAUCAAUUUCUGUCUAUCAAGCAAUAGAGGCUGCGCAGAAGGUUGUUAGGGAAUCCACUGGACAAAAUGAGGGAGUGCCGCUCCAUUUGAGAAAUGCACCUUCUAAGGUAAUGAAAGAGCUUGGGUAUGGGAAGGGCUACAUCUACACUCCUGAUAACCCGCUGUCAACACAGACCUAUCUACCAUCCUCACUUGAGGGCUACAAGUUCCUUGAUUGGUCAGUCAGUAAUGCCAAAGAUUGGCAGGAAACCAACUAAUCUGAUCACUACUGGAACUUUCUGCCUCAUAGCUAUUGCUUGGUUAGAAAUCCUUUUGUUUUUCUUUCAUGCGUUUGUAUGAUUGGUAGCCUUAAAAGUUUAGCGUCUUCCUUUUGUAAACGGAUAGAAGCACGGCCAGGAACCAGUGGGGGAGGACAGUGUAGUAGGUGCUUUCUCAAGUUAUAAAUGGACAAAGCUUCAGUCAGGAGUUCUAUUGAUAUUUUCGGGGAUGUCUUAAUUUUUGACAGCAGUUGUUUGGGUUGAAGAUUAUCUUGUAUGAGUAAAUAUAGUAGUGACUAGAAACAGGAAAAUGUUCUAAAUAUGCAAUAACAUUCGGUAACUUUGCGAGUUAUAGGUCUUCUAGAAUCGUCUGGUAACCAGCAAAGGUUUAUGACUUAUAUAUUAUGCAGUAGAUAUAAAUUAUACCAUUGCAGUUUGUAAGCUUUUGAAGAGGCAUUCUGUCAUUCUGGGAAUUUGACUUAUUGUGGCGUCUCAUGCGCUGUUUAUGUUUUGACACUUAGUUCUU